GUUACUGGGUUGUUGUUGGCGGUAGAUUUUUGAUAAAUGCUACGGUGCUUUCACUGUAUUGUCUUGGUUGCUGUGUUUCUGUUACCCUUUAUCGAAUCCGCCGGGGAUAAAGUAAAAUGUAAUCAGAGUUUGGGUGAAAACGCUUGUCUUCAUUACUUCUCCUAUCCUAAAACUUUUAAGGAAGCUCAAUCUGAAUGCCUUAACUUAGGCCUUUCCCUCUUAACAGUGCUGACAAAAAAGCAACAAGAGUUGCUAAGGGAUUUUCAGACAGACUUUGAAGCUCCGAAAAAUCCUGUAUGGAUUGGUUUGUACAUCGAGGAAAAUAGACUGCUUUGGGCGUCUGGAUAUCCCUCAGUACCCCAGAUUUUUAUUUCCAACCAGCCCAAACUUUUUGAAGGAUGCGCUGCGUCUAAUGUAUCUUCCGGGAAUAUUUCGACUUGGGAGUUCAUUCCAUGUGAUACAAAGUUGGGUUUCGUGUGUGGUCAUGUCCCUAACAUAUCCUAUCGUUAUCCAUUUACUGAUCCAAAGUCUCUCACUUGUCCACCUGGGUACAAACUGUUUGAUAAAAAUUGCUACUUGCUCAACGAGGAUCCCACUCACAGGCUAACAUGGGAAGAGGCUAAUAAAUGGUGUGAAACUUUAGACCCUUCAGCUUCUCUUGCUACUAUUGCAUCACCUAUGGAACAAGACGCCUUGUCCGUAAUCAUUGCUCACUCCCCUCAUCCGGUGUGGAUUGGUAUGUUUCUUAGUCAAGAUGAGCGUAAAUGGGUUACAGGAGUUGCUGUCAAUUUUACAAAUUGGUAUCCCAGCAAAAUUCACGGUACUGAUAAGCGGUUAUGCACUAUGAUGUACCAACGUCCAUCACAUCUUGGACAAUGGGAGGAAGUAGAUUGUUCUUUUCAAUUGAAUUAUGUGUGUCAAGUUGCAGCUAAACCUAAAGGUCUAGCCAGCAGUACUCCUCACACAUCGAGCAUCUUAACUCAAGGCGCAUGCAAAAGUAGCUACUAUGAAUACAAUCAUCGUUGCUACCAGUUAUACUUGGGAGAAAGUGAAAAAGUUGACUCUUGUGGUGUCAAAUUAUCACCAUAUUCCAGUGACGAAUCUGCUUUCAUGCGUCUACUCUUACAAACUACACCCAAUUUGUCAAUUGACCGAGCGUGGACUGGAGUUUCACUUGUAUUUGAUAUAAAUUCAAAGUCGAAGUGGGAUUACAAAACAGAGAAUAAUGAUGUAUUUUAUGAGGCCAUGGUGCACAACUUCUACAACUUGUCGUACAUGAAAACGUUGUCUUCAUCUUCUCCUCAAGAAAUUCGUUUGUGUGUUUCUCUUAAUCGUGAUAAUGCAGUUAUGGAUGUGCUGAAUUGUUCACUCAAGUUGCCAUCAAUAUGUGGAUAUUCUUUGGCUGGUUUCAAACCUACUAAUAUUUUGGAAAACGAUGUCUCUUCCCUAUCCACGUGUCCUAAUCAAUGGAUUCAAUUUGGUAGUAAGUGUUUCUCACCGAUCCGUAGUCCUGCACUCACAUGGUCUUCAGCUGAAUUAGAUUGUCAAAAUUCUACUGAUGUUGGACCUGUUGGUAAGGCCCAUCUAGUAUCUAUUCACAGUCCACUUGAGCAAACGUUUAUUAGUAAUUUGUUCAGCGGGGUCGAUAUUUGGAUUGGUCUACGUCUUGGCCAGGAAUUGACACAUGACAGAUCGCAGCUGUGGAAUAAAUCUAGUCUCUACUGGGCUGAUGAAUCUUCGGUGAAUUAUCUGUCGUUUGCUCCUGGAGAGCCUAGCAGACAUCUGUCAAAUGGCCUUAUCGAAAGUUGUUUCAUAUCGCGUGGUCGUGAGCAUGACUGGAAUGAUGUCAAUUGUCUUUCUCGUCACUUAUAUUUCUGUCAACUAUCACUGAAAGCUCCGCAUUCAUCUAAAUCAACCGAUAGCCAUAUUCCAGCAAUAAGUGACAAAGAAUCAUGCACAACAAUAUCGAAUAUGCGUUAUUGUAUACGCUUUAUUUCAACAGUGGCGACAUUUUUCAAAGCAGAUUAUGAAUGUCGCAGUUAUAAUAUGAGUUUAGCGACUAUUCCAAGUGAAGAGCAUCAGAAAUUUGUCAUGAAUAACUUGAAACAGAUGAUCGGAGGGCGCAUGGAUAUAUCGCAGGUUUAUAUUGGUCUUUUCACUUCACAAGAUAACAUAUUGUGGAUAUCUGGGUAUGGUGCAGUACCUGUCGCUUACUGGCAAUCGAAAUUUCAUGAUGUCACCAAAAACUGCACCUAUAUAGAUACAAAAGUUGACGGUCUACAGACUUGGGGGACAACCGAUUGUGCACGACCUUUACCAUAUUUGUGUUCAUCCAUUUUAACGCCCAAGGACACUUUAUCUACCGGAGAAAUCUACAAAAAUAUAUCAUUCUUAAAUUGUCCCAAAGAAUUCACUUUGAUAUCUGGAAGUUGUUUCAUGGUUAAUACAAAUGCAAAUGGCUUAUUGGAUUGGGAAGCUGCAAAUAAAAAGUGCCAAAGCUUUCAUCCUGGUGCUCAUCUGGCCAGUGUAUUGUCAAACGAACAACAAGACGGUUUAACUGUCCUUAUGGGUGGUCGGUCAAUAUCUGCAUGGAUCGGCUUGCAUUCUCAUAGAAAUGUUCAUCAAUGGAUUGCUGGAAGUAAUGUUCUGUUUACAAAUUGGAAGCCUACAGAGCCAAAUACUGAUGGAACUAGCUGUACUAUAAUGCAUUCUGAAGCAGAUAGUAUUGGUAAAUGGAGUGAUGAACCGUGUCAAAAGAAGUUCGGUUAUAUUUGUGAAACCGCAGCAAUUCAUACUGAACAUAAAGAAAAUGUUUCACAACUUUUGGGAAUAUUGGAACAAGGUGCGUGUGAAUCGGGAUUCUAUUUCCACGACAAUUCUUGUUAUUCUUUGAUAUCUGCACCGGAUUUGCUGCGUAGCUCAGUUGACUUCCGGGAUGAAAUAAGUGGUCGUUGUUUACUGUCUACUCAUUUCACUGGUGCUCAAUGUUUUUCACGACCUGAACUCGCUGGUACUAUUUAUUGCCCUGUGAUUGCAACUCCACAUGGAGAACUUGAGGCUUCAUUUAUGCGUAUUUUAGCGCGAACAUUCAGCUCUUCUGACAAUGUUUGGAUUGGCUUAAAACUAAACCGUACACAUGCAUCGAGUCACCUUUUAUCAGAAGAUGGUUCUUUACAUGAUACUUCAAGUUUAAUGGAUUUUGCUGGACUAUUCCAAUAUCAAGGCAGGCAAAAUCAACAGUUUCUCUAUGAUUGUUUCACUAUGCCGACUCAUGGAGGGAAUUUAAUUCGAAUGAAAAAUUGUUCAUCUCAUUUACCUGCAAUUUGUACAUAUACUCUGAAAAGUAAAAUCUCACCUGUAAAUGUUAAACACACGGUUGACCUUCCACCGUGUCCAACGGGUUGGAUAUCAUUCAAAGAUAAUUGCUACUGGUUGCCAUCUCCAUUGAUAAGAUUGGGGUGGUCGGAGGCAGAACGUACAUGUCAAUUACAAGGCAGUUUACUUCGGAGGGAAUCACCGAUUCCUGCGCAUUUGGCUUCUAUCCAUUCAUCUGAAGAGGCACAAUUUCUCAAUAGCCUAUCAUUGUCAGCAUCAUUUUGGACUGGUUUAAAACUAUACAUGAGUUCUGACAAUCCACUUUUAUCAACAGUGAGUUUAGCAUGGAGCGAUAAGUCACCAUUUGAUUAUUCUGUAUUUCUAUCUCCUGCUUCAACAAUACAACAAAACGAAUCUACUCUGCCGAAUUUACUCAGUCAUCUAGAGAAUCUUGAAAACUGCAUUGCAGUCAGUGGUGAACAUAACUAUUGGGAUAUUGAGAAUUGUAUUGAAGAUAAAAGUUUUAUAUGUCAAUUGCCUAAAACUGCUCUUCUGCCUUCUACUGUCAAGAUGCCGACAGGAGACAAAGUGUCAGUCACUACUACCAGUCCUUCUACAACUGCUGGUUCCGUAACAUGCUCGAAUAAGUUAUUCCCAAUAGCCAGCAAGAUUGGACCAUAUUGUUAUACUUUGGUGCACGGUCAGGCUUUGGAUUGGAGUAGUGCUGAACUGUCCUGUCGUAAUAUGGAUCCUAAUGCACAUUUAAUUUCGAUUCACUCAGAUUUUCAGUUAGAUGAAGUGACUAAAAUUCUGCGACAGAAUUCACCACAAACACAACGUGGUACUUGGAUUGGUUUACAUGAAUCCAACUUCGCCUACAGAUGGUCAGAUCAGAGUGAUGUCGAUUACAUUCCAAUCUCAGCUGAUAUCAGUAAAGAAAAGAGACACUAUCUACAGGAUUGUUUCGCACUUUUCCCAGAUAGUAACUCUUCUAUGAAUUGGAAAGCUGUCUCCUGUAACACGCCAUCCUUAGGCUAUUUGUGCCGUUUAAGUACGCAUCCAUCCACUCCGAGUCAAACAACUACUCAUUUACAACCAUCACCUAUAAAAUGUCCAUCUGGUUUUCGAUUUUAUCGUGAUCGAUGCUUUCAAUUGGUAAGCGAUCGAUUUACGUGGAGCGAGGCUAACGACCAUUGUCAGCAUAUCUUAAAAUCAAAUCGUGAUUUUUCUGGAUCACUGGCUCGCAUUGACAAUGAUUUCGACCAAGAAUUUCUAGCCAGUCUAUUAGACAAUCUUGAUCCAGACGCAUCUGCAGUAUGGAUUGGUUUGUAUAGAAACUUGUCACACGACGCGCAUAGUUACAGUUGGUCAGAUGGUGUCAAACCACGGUUUAUAAAGCCUAUACUGCGCGAUCAUCAGUUUCCUGUUUACAGUCAUGCUACCAGAAUGGAAUUAACUAAAUCAAUCAACAUCAAGUCAAUGAAGCUAUGUACUUCUAUGCUUCGCUCAACGAAUCCACGAUUGAAUGGAAUUUGGUUGCAAUGGUCGUGUGAUGAACCUAUCUAUUUGAGUAGUAUAUGCCAAGCAUGGCCGAUUCAUACGAAUAUCUACUCAUAUCGCAAACCCUUGAUACCGUUCAGAACUGAAUCGUUCUACUGUCCUCCAAAUUUUCAUCUUGGUACCACGGGUCUGUCAUCGACACACGCUAUAAUGAGUAAAGCGUCUAUCGAACUGUCACAACCCAUGUGUUAUCGUGUAUUGAGUAAUACAGUCAAAGCUGACUGGGAGUCAUCGAAUAAAGCGUGCAAGAAUCUGAGUACACCAACAUACAAUGUCAGCUUGAUUUCAAUAGCGUCUGUGUUUGAAGCUAGUUUUAUACGUGCUUGGCUCAACCAGCCUCGUGAACUCAACGGAGGUGAUCUACCACCAAAUGAAGCUGUUUGGACAGCUUUGAAAGUACCAUCCAUCUGUCCAGGAUGCUAUGCAAAUUGGACAUGGGAGACAUUCGACAAUGAAACAGUUCGAUAUACAGACUGGAUUAAACCUCCAACCGGAAAUCCUGGCGGUUGUUAUCUAUUCCACCCGUCUCCUUAUGAUAAAACUAACUCUCAGCUGGGCAGUAUUCAAUCGUCAGUGUCAUGUGGAAAACAUUAUUUCGCCGUAUGCCAAACACUAGCUUCACUCGAUACGUCUAAAGCAUCUCAUGCUGAUGGUGCAUCAUUGAUUAGAUGGCGCCACCAUCAGAAUGCAAGGCCAGAUUGUUUUCAGCCGAAUAUAAUAAUGAAGAGUAAAUUUCAACACAACAUUUCUUAUGAAGCAAAGAUUCAGCACUCCGUUACCGGUAAACCAUGCCUUAGGUGGGACUUAAUCGAUCAUAAUUUAACUGAAGUUUCAUUAAACUCAAAUUUUCUGCGAAAUCAUCUACUCGCCGCAGAAAUGGUUCACGGUGGUGCUUACUUCUCCUACGCUGAGAAUUAUUGUUCUCAUGUAUUUGAUGAAAGUACAGAGUCGACAAAAUUUGGAUGUUACAUCAGCAUUUAUCCACCGAUUUUUGAGAAUUGCACUCCAAUCGAAUGCGUACAUCCGGUUCAUGUAUCGAAGGCACCUGUGCAUUGGUUCAAUGGAAUUGUUUUGUUCAUAUUUAUUACUACAUGCUGUGUAUUCAUUGCCUUCUUGUAUUGGCGACUCGGUUUCCGUAAGUGUAUGAAUAUGCGCCAGCGUUAUCAACCAUUUGGUCGUCAUCGGACAUCGCGUAAACGCAUGACAACGCUAUACUUUGGCAAUCCGAAUAAUAGCACCACCGGUAUAUUGAGUAGUGAUAAUCAUAAUAAUACGACAGCAAACAAUGAUGAUCUGCCUGACGACUUUUUAUCUUCAACACCUGACAAACUGUCCUCUGCACAAAAAUCUGAUAAGCCUAACUUCAUUUCACUGCAAACCACUGGACCAAGGAAGUUGAACGAUACUGACAAGUCGACAGCAAGCAGUGAUAAGUUUACAUUGUCUGCAUUAAGUUUAAGUCGUACUGCAGCUUCAAUAGGUUUUAUGAAUCCAAUUUAUGUACCAUUAAAUGAUGGAUAUGUGGAGGAUAAUUAUGAUCCCGAGCCAACUAAUUAAUUAAAUUGUGAUAACCGCUCAUAAUGUGUAAAACACUUUGUUCCUAUAUAAUAUCCAGUCUUUCGGUUUUUGGACAGGAAUAUUUGAGACUGAUACAUCUUCAUUAUUUUUAUGUUAUGACGUUAUAUCAUUCUUACAUUACAGUACGAAUUUUUUUUUCUAUUGCGCCCAUUGUACUAUUUUUGUGCCUUUUAUACAGAAAAUAAACAGCUAAAACACACAUCCAUUGUGAUUAGAAGGAUUCUCCUCUUUACGUUGCCAAUCAGAUCUGCACAUUUGUUUUCUACUGGUUUCUUCCCUCUAUGUUUCAUCAUAUCCAGCCUGUAAUGUACACUUCUCCUGUUUUAUUUUUACUCGUAUCUUUUCUUUAGUGUGAUAUACUUAUAUAAUGAGACUGAAAUUCAGCGUUGCAGGAGCUUUUCUAAUGCAUGAGUUGUCUGUGUGUUUAUCGUGUGGACUUUUUUGCACAUAAUUAUGCUUAUUUUCUAUUCUCUCCACUUAUUUGGCUGUGUUGCACAUUUUAAAUAUGUCAUUUUCUUUCUCCAGGGUUGAAAUUCAUAAUGUUUAAUGCAACUGUUGUUGGUUGAUUAUUCCAUAUCUUGUUAUGUUCAUAAUCUAGUAAAAUGUGAUGUGAUUCCCAG